GUCUUUUAACAUUAGCUACUAUCGCAUUUCUUCUAACUAUUUUAGUAUAGCUUUUCUUAUCGUUAUAGAAAUCUAAUUGGAUUUCCCCAAAACCAGUGUCACUAAAGGGCACUAAAGUUACAGCACAAUCGCCUUUGAUUACAUCACCUGCCUGCUCAUUGGCUACCAUCCAAGUCUGUUGCAAACUUUAUACGCUGUCACCGUAAGAACGUCACGGGUAAACUGAUUAUUCAAAACGACAACGGGUCUUGUCAUCUUUCAAUCCCUUCACUCUACUCAAGCUUUGCUUCCUUCCCCGAGACCGAGAGAGACGAUGGUGGGGAAAGGGAAGGAGAUAGCGGUUGUACAGUCCAUUGAUAAACCAAGUGUGGAAUGUCACAAAUAUUACCUGGCACGUCGAACAACCAUGGAGAUGCUCCGAGACAGAGGAUACGAUGUCUCCGACGAAGAUGUUAACUUCUCCCUCGAGCAAUUCCGAGCGCUCUACGGCGAACGCCUUGACGUAGAUCGACUUCGUAUCUCUGCCAAGCAUCGCUUUGAUUCUUCGAAAAAGAUUAUGGUUGUGUUUUGUGGAACUGGUAUGGUUAAAGUCAAUGCCAUGCGCGCCAUUGCAGCAGAUGUACUGAACCGAGAAAGUAUAACCGGACUGAUACUGGUUUUGCAAAGCCAUAUAACAAAUCAAGCUCUUAAAGCCGUUGAACUUUUCUCGUUUAAGGUCGAGUUAUUCGAGAUAACCGAUUUGCUGGUUAACGUAACCAAACAUGUCUUGAGGCCAAAACAUCAGGUUCUGAAUGAUAAGGAGAAGGAAUCACUUCUCAAGAAAUACAGUAUCGAGGAGAAACAACUUCCUCGGUUAUCGAGCAAAGACCCGAUUGUGCGAUACUAUGGACUAGAGACAGGGCAAGUCAUGAAGGUCACAUACAAAGACGAGCUCAGUGAGUCGCAUGUUACAUACCGAUGCGUCAUGUAACUAAUUGUUUGUAGCAACUAAUCUGUAUCAUGUUUUGAUGUAAAAACCUGUAAACUUUGUGUUUCCUUGUGGUCUCUAAACCAUAAAAUUUUGAUAACUAUUAAUGUGUGGUAUAUAUUAUACACAACUCUGUUUGAUAGUUUACAAAAACAUAGGAAAGCUUGGUCAAAUCAAAGCAAUGGUCAACUAUGGACGAUGGUCGAAUCUGGCUGAUUCAUGUUUGACCCAUGUGUUGACUUUCUCAGCUUCACGGCCAAGUCUUUGCUCCUCCAAUCUGGCAGCCUUAAGCUGAUGCUCUUGCUCCUUCACGGAGAAGGUGCUUGUGUCCGAUAGAUAGUUGUCGUCGCCGGUUUGCCACCUCCGGUCGCUCGUGUUCCCCAUCGUACUACUUCUGGUGGUAUCUGGAUCGCGAGAACAGCACAAACUUGAGCCCAUGUGGUUCAAAACUAAAAUUUUUGAUGGAAAGAAUUAAUCAGAUAGGAUA